AUGAAUGAGACUGGCGUGGCGAACAGUAUCACUACUAGUGUUGCCGGCGCUGGUCUACGACUAGCGCUGCUCCUAAACGCAGUAGCAUGCCAGGUCGCAAACCUCGGCGUCGACAUCCACAGCAUCUCCAAAGGGAUCUCUCUCUUCUCAACGAGUCUCAAACAGCUCGUUCAGAGCCUACAGGCCGAACAUUCUGUCCAUACGCGAGAAUGCCUCGAUACGGCGCGCCAGAUCAGUGACCAAGCUCGAACGGUGUUUGAGGAGGUAGAGGACAUGCUGGAAAGGGUUCAAAAGACCGAAGUAGAGCCGGAACGAAAGGAUGUUCCUAUGCAGCAGAGGUUUAAGGACUGUUUUAAGAAGCAGCGCGUUACGUACUUGUUGGCGCAGUUGGAAGCACUCAAAUUGAGUUUGAUGGUGAUGACACAGAUUCUGCAUCUUGGCCGCUUGCAGGAGAUCAAAAGUGUCCUGAACACCCUCACCGACGAAUUGAUCGUCCAAGAACGAGCCGACACACAAAACAUGCUCAUCGUCAGGUACUGGUCCACCAAAAAGCUCGAUCGAUUAUAUGAACUAGCGCGACAAGAAGCAAAAGAAGCUCAACGACCAGCAGUCCACUUCGACUCCGACGAGAAGAAAACAACCAGCCCAUCCAACAGUCCUUCGUUGACAAAACUUCCCAUUAUCGCCCUAGGAGUAGAAUCAUCGCUUAACUCCAUGGAGGAAUCGCCGAGUGACAUGCUUCGACUCACGCAGGAAGUUUUGGAUGCGUUACUGAGGCGCUGGAUCAGAGUUGAAGCCGGCCAGAGUGUUAAACUUAUGCCACGGGCUUAUGUGUCAUCCGGAAGCGACGAUGGAUUAUCUGAUGACGAUAGUCUUGAUCGAGACUCGAUGCCUGGAGGGUAUUAUAUUGAAGGGGUAACCACCGAUUGGCGAAAGCCUCAUUCACAGGAAGCUCGAAUGCAGGCUGCUCAGUUACGCAAGAUGUAUUCUGACAAGCAGGCGCAUGUCCACAGCGACUCUGAUGGUUCGGAAGAUUCCGUAGUUAGGACGGGAAGGCGCUCGGCUCACAAAAGAAAACAAGAUCAUAAGAAGGCCUACCCAAGCAGCGAGUGUGACGAAAUACCGGAACAGGGACAGAUGGAUAACAGUCCAACUACCCCUAUCAAUUCUCGACCAUAUUCAUACUCCACAACAAACACAGUUCCAGGGUUUGAUGCUGAAACUCACUGGCGACAUGCAAGUGGUUCGACAAAGCCUCAACCUACCAUCCAGACUCAAACCAGACCAAUACCAGUUCCUCAGCCGAUGCCGAAUAAUUUGAGUGUGAAUACCGGAGCACUACCGGGACGUCUAGCUACCUCCCAACCAGGAACAAGAGCAACACCCUCAAGCCCGUCAACACGUAACGGGCCUUACGCAAAUGGCUCGUUUUCGUCUUACUACAAGACACCGACAAAUGGGUUUCCACCUACACCGUCAAGCUACACUCAACAACAGCCAUACUACUAUCCUCCACAGCAGCAACAAUAUCGACAGUACAAUAACCCGCGGGCAUCAAACUUGGCGCGAACUUUAUCUGAUAAUACCCUUCAUCCAUCACAACAACAACAACAACAACAACAACAGCAGCAGCAGCAGCAAUACCUAACACUCCCUUCGCAACCGCAUCGUCGUCGAUCAAUACGCAACAACCGAGCCUCAAAAGGCAGCAGCAGCGGUGGCGGCGGCACCCGUAGUCCUUCGCCUUACAACCGUCACAAAGACCUCAAACGAACUGCCAUGCGCGGAAUCCUAGGUGCGAGUGCAAUAGGAGGCUUUAUGGAUGCUUUGGAAGCUUUUAGUAUUAUUUGA